CGUACUUCACGAGCUCUGCCAUAAAUCAGCUGUUCGCUUUCUAUUUACUAUUGUAAAAGUUUUUAUCUGAUUGUGUCACGGAAUAUAUUAUUUUAUAUACAAAUCAAAGUUUUCACAAAAUAUUGAAAUGGAGCAAUCAUCAAAUGAAAACGUGUUACUUAAGCGAAUAGCUUCUGUUACAGUAUGGUCAGAAAGUGAGACACGCCUUCUGUUCGACAAAUACGCCAGCUACUGUCCUGAAAUUGGCCCGAUGAAAAACCUUCGCAACAAAAAGGAAAUGUGGGAAAAGAUUUCUAAAGAAAUAAAAGGCAAAACUGCGAAACAAUGCGAAGAGAGAUACAAAACUGUUCUGAAAAGAAAAAAAACUGUGCUGGAAAAUAGCCAUACAUCAGAGGUGAAGAUACAAAGGGUGGACUACGAAAAUGAUCCCGAAAAUACUAGUGCUUUUGACGACUUCAUUGAACCGGAGGUGCAUUUGAGUAGUCAGGACGUGGGGAUGAAAAAUGUAAAUGUAGAGGAGACGCUGUUCAAAAUAGCUCAAAGAAAAAAAGAAUCAAGCGAGUGGCGGCAUCGGGAGAGGAUGGAGUCGCUCAAUAACUUUCAACAGCUUCUCUCGAACUCGUUGCAAAGGAAGGAAGUGGAGAAAAAGACUACGCUGCAGGACACUCUGUUAGAAAUAGCCCAAAUAAAAGAAGAAGGAAAGGAGCGGCGACAUAGAGAAAAGAUGGAGUUACUCAAUAGCAUUCAGCAGCUUCUCUCGAGUUUGUUGCAAGCAAAUGUACCCGUAGAUAAAUCAGAGACUUCAAGUAGCUUACUGUUUUUUAAAGAAGAAUGGUGAAAUGCAUUAGAUUAAUAUAUCAAUUAUUUUAAAAUUCAAUUCAAAUUUAUUUAGUCUAUGACUACAAUACUACCGGCUAGAUUAGAUAGGAGCAAUGAUAAAUUUAUAAGAAGUGUGAAGUAAUUAACGAUAAACAAAUAUAUAAUUAUCGACAACAAAAACAAUA